ACGAUUGGCGCUGGCUGCGGCGACAGCACGAACUGUCAGCGCUGUCAUCAAUGUCAACACAUUUGUCUCCAAGGGACGCACUAGUUGCAUGUUGACGAAAUAUUUCUACUGUUUUUUUUCCGAUAAAUACAACGUUUGCAGCAUGAAUUCUCAAAAUCGUGCCGGUGGCAAAACCAACGCGCAGACAAAACCAACGCAGGCGCCAAGCGCAGGCGAGAGCUACCGGUACCGGCGUGAACGAUUGCGCCAGCUAGCGCUUGAAACGAUCGAUCCGAACAAGGAUCCAAUUAGGCAGCAUCUGCUACAAACGCAAUGCAAAAGGCAGCAGGCCAAUCCUGCCGCGAAAGAAACGGAGAAAACACCGUGGAUGAUGCAACUGGAAAAACAUGGCAUCGAGCCGAAAAAAUCGCCCUUGCAAAUCGAUUCUCCGAAAAAGUGCUCACCGAUUCCCUACGUUUCUGUACCGCAGCGGCAGCAUCCGUGUAUGUUUUGUAUGCUUACGCACCAAAGAUCGAACUACCCGUACGGUAACUGGACCGUACAACUGGAACAAAACCACGAAACAGUUUUCCUUCCUGCUGGAACCGAUGAUAAUUCCACCACCGCCACCGAACGUACACCGUAAGCCACAUCCCAGUCAUCUGAUGUUUUAUCCUGUUCCACCACCACCAAUGGAUGUCGUGCCCGUACCGGCAACAAAUGUAAACAAACGUAUUAUACAUUUUUGUUUCAGAAAGUAAUGGUUUAGAUAGAUACAAUGAUGGAAAAUUUCUGUGUAAUUUUCAACAAAUCACUGUGUAUCCUGUUAAAAGUCCUUUUUUGUAACAGGAUGGGAACAAACCCCCCAACUAUUACGCAAAUAAUAGAAGAGAGAUGCUUCCAACAUUACGUUUUGUUACGAUAGGAAAGGACAAGGGGAAUAAAAAUUCACAAUUUAUAGUUGAGAACCAUCCCUUAUUAAACAAUUGCACAAACCAACAAACAACUCAACACAAGCCACCCUCACCUGUGGUAGUGGUUUGCCCGGCUCGACUAAUAACUUCAAAUUUGAACCAAACUUUCUGCGGCAUUUCAAACUCUCGCCUCGAUACUGUAGUAACUUUCUCCCCGGUUGUAACAACUUCUUGGCCAUUUCUUUUUCCAACAAAAUAAUCACGUAACCCACUCGGUCGCGGUCAUACCUGGUGCCUAGGUGUAUGAGGUUGUUAAAGCGACGCUCGAAAAUCGAUAAAUACUUUCGCAAGUUGAAGCUUUUCACAAAUAAGCCAAUA